CUUAACAAACUGAACAGUAUACCGACAGUAUGGGCACAGGUAUGUGUGUACAGAGGACAUGCUGAGUGGUCGUGGUGUAAAAGCUACACACGAACAAAAUUUGACCUGCCAAAGCGACGAAUUGUGAAAUUUUACAUUUCAAACGAUUUUAACCGUCUCGUCUAGCCUAUUCACAGAACAUGGGGUACGUUAAGCGGGUUUGUUUAACGUUUGUGUUUAGUUUGGUUGCGUUAGGUAUUGAUAAUGUAUCCGGGACGCUUGUUUCCACAGAAAGUGGAGCUAUGGAAGGCGUUAUUGUUCCGUCACAGAAUGGAGACGUUUAUCAAUUCAGAAAGAUACCUUACGCCAAACCACCUAUCGGUCUCUUCCGGUUUAGAAAACCCAUGAAGAUACCUCCGUGGAAUAACACGCUUAACGCUACGAAGUACGGACCAGCAUGCAUUCAAGCAAUGGAACGGGGUUCUGAUUUCUUUCCUGUGUCGGAGGACUGCCUCUUUCUGAAUGUUUUUGUUCCAAAUGAGAUUUCGACGACAGCAAAUAAAUCGGUGAUGAUUUGGAUUCAUGGUGGGGUUUUCAGAUUUGGUACAGGGAUGUCGUACGACGGAUCAUUCCUAUCACUCCAAGGUGACGUCAUCGUGGUGACGCUGAACUACAGACUAGGUGUGUUUGGAUUCUUCAGUACAGGAGAUUCAAGCGCGAGAGGCAACUACGGACUUUGGGAUCAGAUCGAAGCUCUGAAAUGGAUUAAAACCAACAUCAAGUACUUUGGUGGAAAUCCAGAGUCAAUCACAUUGUUUGGUGAAUCAGCUGGUGCUCUCAGUAUUUCCCAUUUAGCCAUAUUCCCAGAAAACGAAGGACUUUUCCAUCGAGUUAUUAUGCAGAGUGGUUCAUUGAGUUCGAAUAGACCUAUAACAAAUGAUUCUGUGAAACUCGCACGAGCUUUGGGAGGCCUGUUGCAAUGUAGUGAUAUUCAAAGUACCGAAUCGCUUGUCUCCUGUUUGCGUGGAAAAGAGGCGUCCGUUUUGAAUAGCGUCUCAAAUUCACAGUCUUUUCCGUUAAUUGGGAAAUAUUUUGGAUAUGCAAUGUCAUAUGCCCCGGUCAUCGACGGAGAAAUGACAACAAGCCAUCCUUUCUCUCUUCUUCAAAAUCGAUCUUCCGAACAGUUCAAAUUUUACCAGUCGCUUGACGUCAUUUGUGGUUGCACCUCAGCCGAAGGAUCUUUAUUUCUGGGCUUCUUUCCGUUGUUUCCGAGUCUGUCCUUGCCGCCUGUUAAUGUAUCUGAAGGAGUUCCAAGCUGGGUUCUCAAACUGUUGGCUGAGGCGGCGACCGAAGUUUAUUUCAACAAUGACACUAGAAUUCUGCCACAUAUCUAUAACAAAUACAUCUCGACAGAUAUAGAAGAACAAGGGCGACUUCUUGUGAAUUUUUUUAGUGACUCGAGAUUUAAUGUGCCCAUGUUGGAAUCACUGUUAGUUCAUGACAGAGGCGGAAAUUCCAAAGCAAAUACAUUUCAAUAUUUCUUCUCAAAGACCUCCCUGGUUGAUGUUUUGAUCGGUGUUCCGCCGAAAUGGUUCGUUGGAGCAGGACACGGCGCUGAACUUCCAUACCUUUUUAAUUCUGGGUAUGAUAUGUACGGUCCUGACAACGUUCUUUCAACACAAAUGGCGUCAUACUGGACAAAUUUUGCAAAACAUGGGAACCCAAACAUUGGACUUCCAGUCUUGGACUGGCCUGAAUUUGACGAAAACACAAGACGAUUUAUUAACCUAGACACGGACAUCACUACCGGAUCUGAUUUAUUGGGAGACCGGAUACGAUUCUGGACUGAUGAAAUACCCCGUAUCAUGUCAGAAACCGAAAUGGUGAUUGACACAGCAAUGGGACCAAUCAAGGGAUUUGUACAAAUUGUGAAAGGUGCAACUAUCAACCAAUUCCGAAAGAUUCCGUUUGCUAAGCCACCAACAGGUCCUUUAAGGUUUGCAAAACCUGUUUCUAUUUCAAAUUGGACUGACACGCUUGAUGCUACACGUUUCGGACCCUCUUGUAUCCAAACGAUGGAGCCGGGCGCGGACACGUAUUUUCCCAAUCUAGAUAUAUCAGAAGAUUGUCUCUUUUUGAACGUUUAUGUUCCGCAUGAAAUGCCAAUGACAGCAAACAAGUCGGUGAUGGUUUGGAUUCAUGGCGGGGGUUACACAAGUGGUUCAGGGAUGACGUACGAUGGAACGUCACUAGCAAUUCAUGGUGACGUCAUUGUGGUGACUUUAAACUACAGACUAGGUGUGUUUGGAUUCCUCAGUACGAGUGAUUCCAGCGCACUAGGCAACUACGGACUCUGGGAUCAGAUCGAAGCUCUGAAAUGGAUUAAAUCCAACAUCAAAUAUUUCGGUGGAAAUCCAGAGUCAAUAACGUUGUUUGGUGAAUCGGCUGGUGCAUUCAGCAUUUCACACUUGGCUAUGAUUCCAGAAAACAAGGGUCUUUUUCAUCGAGUUAUUAUGCAAAGUGGCUCGUUAAGUUCCUUAGGAUCCGUCACGAAGGAUCCUCUCACGAAAUCACGAGCAUUGGGAAGCCAUUUAACAUGUGAAAACACUGAUAAUACCACGUCACUGAUUUCUUGUUUACGUGGAAUCGACUCGUCAGUUUUGCAAAGUGGAGCGGACGUAAUAUAUGGGUCGAUUACUUCUCUAGGAAAUGUAUUAGAAUUGGCUUUAUCACCUGUUAUAGACGGGGAAUUGAUUUCAAGUCAUCCACUCUCCCUACUUCAAAAUCAAUCAUCGGAACAGUUUGCAUUCUACCAAUCACUUGACGUCAUUUCCGGUUGUAAUUCAGCUGAAGCAUCUGUACAUCUAUUGCUUUUUCAGCUGUUUCCAAGUCUUUCUGCCCCUGCUGUCAAUAUUUCGGAUGGAAUUCCAAGCUGGGUUCUAAAGUUGUUCGCCCAAGUCGUGACCGAGGUAUACUACAACAACGAUACGAGAAUUCUACAACCUAUAUAUGACAAAUACAUUUCCACGAACGAAGAAGAACAAGGGCGACGUCUGGUAAAUCUUGUGGGUGAUAUUUUAUUUUAUAUCCCCAUGUUUGAAUCCCUGCUGGCGCAUGACAGAGGAGGAAAUUCAAAAGCCAACACUUUCCAAUAUUUCUUUUCGAAUCAACCAGUAGUCGAUCCUAUAAUUGGAGUUCCCCCCAAAUGGUUCCAAGGAGCGGGUCAUUUUGCCGAGAUCAAAUUUCUUUUUGAUAACUGGGGUUAUCUCCAAGGUGACGACAAACACCUUUCAACGGAAAUAAUGUCUUACUGGACAAACUUUGCACAUUACGGGAACCCAAACAUUGGACUUCCAGUUCCAGACUGGCCUGAAUUUGACGAAAACACAAGACGAUUUAUUAACCUAGACACGGACAUCACUACCGGAACAGAUUUAUUGGGAGACCGGAUACGAUUCUGGACUGAUGAAAUUCCCCGUAUAUUGUCAGAUUCAGACAGUAUCGUUACAUCGCCGAAACCGAUUGACGAGUUAUCCAGUGCCUCUCAGCGAUGUGUUAGCUAUAUUAUGCUUUGCAUAUGUGUUAUAAUGUCUUGUUUUGGCGAAUAUUGCAUAAUUUACGACAGUUUAAUGUAGAGUAUACCACCAUGCUGUCUGCUAUUUCUCUUACGCCAUUCCUGAUGCCUGUUGUGUCAUUAGGAUUGAGGAUUUAAGUGUGUCCAAUAUGCGGUGUAUUAGUUUGGUUCCGAUUAUGUUGUCAGAUGAGUAAAGCAAGUACAGAAUUAACACGUUGUCACAGUUAACAAAUAUGUUAAUGUAAAUAACAGUGACACAUCACAACAUUAUACGAUUCUGUCAAAUAAUCAAUUUUGCAUCGCGGAUGAAUGUUCUCCAGAGGAAAUGUACUCGUUCCUUAAAAGCAUGAUUCGGUUGAAGAUCGGGAACUUCGAUACCGAGAUCAUCAAUACUUGACUGUAAACAAAAACAGUUAUUAAAAACAUUGGCCUUAGGCCUGUCAUCAAUAAAUAAAUGAUUGUUGUGAUGUAUGGGAGGAAUAUUGAGCUUUGUAUCAGAAUUACACAUAAAACGAUUUACAGUUUUCUACCAAUCUCUAGCACUUGGUUCAUUACUUUUAUGGAGGUUAUUACAUAUUUUGUUAAAAAAUGAUUUUUGACGGGCGAAUAUCAUUAGCACACAUGUUACGUAAAUGUCUUAAUUUUGCCCAAUGUUCUUCUUUCAUAGCGUUUUUGGCAUUUCGAUGGGAUCGCUUUCUAUUACUUAUCAUCGUUCUUAUUCUAUUACACAUUAUCGCAAAUGGGAAUGUUCCUUUCCAAAAUGGCGCCUGGUAUUUCGCGAAAAAAAGUAUCUUUUUCUUCCGAUAGGUCCUAACCAGUUCACCUUUGAUUGGUUUCUUUUACAUAACACUCUUUUUUAACGCCCAUGGAACAUAAUUCUACAUCGUGCCGGUUGCUUGUUUAAAAACUGGCGCUUGGCAUGUCUGCUACCUUUUACCUUGCAUCGGGAAGAACUGAUGAUGCAUGGUAGAAUUAUUAGCGAUUCUGAUUUUACAAGAUUUGUGCAAAUUCAUGAUACAAUUUGUCCACAUACUUUAUGGAAAUUAGCUUUGAAGUUCCUGGGCUCUUGAAUAGGAUAAAUAAUGUAGUAAGGUUGUGCGUAGAAAUAAGAAUCACCAAUGUAAUUGUAUUGUGUCAUUUUUGUGGUAUUUUACACACUGACAUUACUUCACAUUGUCCUUCAUUAUAUAAAAAAACACACUUAGAGACGACCGUUGGUGCCUUAUAAAUACUGUGUUUGAUAUAGAACUUCUUGCUUACUUGCACUCCAUGUCGGACUAAAAUUUAAUUCACAUACUACUUGGAGAUAUAUUCCAUUACAAGUUAUGUAAAUUAGAUUAUGACAAUUUUGUAUUAAUUUGUGCUAUUUCUGUUGAUUAAAUGAUGAAUUUGUAUCAUCGAUAAAAAUGUAAUGUAUCUGAGAAUCAAUUACCCUAUUCAGAAUGUGCUUAUAUUUGAUCACAGAAGAUCAAUAUCUUGAUAAUUUAUGUUUCAUGUUAUUUUUGUACAUAAGUAUAUCUAAUUAUGAAUUGACCAUGUAUUCACUUGUAUAAACGUUCUUGUAACUCUUCAAAUUGGAGGAAAUAAAGAAAUAAUAAAAGAUGAGA